UUUGUGUUUGUUGAAGUGACAUUUAGUAAGAUUAUUUUUUUGUUUACACCAUCAAAAAAAUUUUAUAACAACCAAUUUUCAAUAUUAUUUUAAAAGAUAACGAGAUGCCUAACCUAAAAAGAUAAGAAAAAGCGCGCCAUAAACAAUGGCUGAAAAUGAUGUAGAAGUUAUUUCUUUUAAACAAUCAUCGAUAAAGUCCUUUUUUUCGCCAUGUAAAGGCCCCCUUACGUUUCAAGAGUCAAAGUUUAAAUCUACCAUAAAGAAGCCUCAAAGGUGUCGCCGUUCAAAACGUUUAAAAAAUAAGAAACCUGAUAAAGAAAGUGAUGAUGAUGACCCAAUGAAAAAAGUAAUUGUAAAAGAAGAAAUGAUUGAAGUAAACUGUUGUCCUUUAUCACCACAGAUUUAUUUUGAUGAUGAACCUAUAUUAAAUGCGGAUACAUCUCCAUCUAAAAAGGUUAAAAUUGAUUUAGAGCGAGAUGAGAAUUCCUUAUUGAAGUUAAACAAUAAUAGGAGCAAAAUAAAACUUAACUCAUCUGAUUCUUCCUCGGAAAUUAUAAAUAUAGCAGUAACUAAACCUUGUUUAAACAUAAAAAAUGAUUUUAAACUUACCAAAACUCAAUUAGAAUCUAGUCUUAAUUAUUCUCAUAAAAGUUAUGCUUUGAAUAUAGAAGGUUUAAUUUAUGAAUGCGAAUUUGGUGUUGAUUUGGAUGAUUUUGAAUGCAAAGAAGUCAUUAAAAAUGCCUUAAAUAAUAUUUGGGUGAUAAUUAAGCACUCUUUAAGGCCUAGUUUUGAAGAUUUAUUGUUUGAAAAUGAAAAAAAUUUAAUUUUAUCAUUUUGUUCCAUAAAAACUCUCUACCAAUUUAUUUGUUGCAAGUUAUUUACACAUCAAAUUAAGUGGUAUAACCCGGAGAGUUUUAUUAAAAGUUUAAAGGGUCGCAAUAAGUUAAAUUUGAUAUCUUUAGAAAUUCAUGAAAUGAUUACAGAUUUAGAAAAAUAUGGUUUUAUACAAACUAACUAUGAAAAUGAUGAUUUAUCGAAUCUUUUAACACUCUUAAAUAGGGAAGAUUUAACAAAAAUUUGUCAAGAUUUGCGAUUGAAUGUGAAAAAUUGCGUUUUACGAACUAGGGAAGAUAAAAUCUUCGCCAUUUUAAACCACAUUACCAAACAACCCACAUUAAACCCAUCAAAACCAAUGAAUGAAGUAGUAAAGAUGAUGAUUUGUAAAAAAUUGGGAAAAAUGAUUAAAAUCACUGCAGAUUUUCAUAAUACUUUUUAUAAAAUCCAUUUAAUGUACUCAUUUACACACCCACAAUUAGAGAUUCCUCACGGCGUUUAUAAAUUUAUGCAUGAAAUACACCAAAAUAAAUCGCUCAUUCCUAAAUUUCAAACAUCAGAAAUAAAAAUAUUCGAAAAUGCUAAGGAAUUUGAUGAUUUUUCAAGAGCCUUUACAUACAAAGAAGAAUUAGUAAAAGAAGCAAAUAAAAAAUGCCCCAAUAAAUUGGUAAUGAAAGAACAUUGUGAGGAAAUUUUAACCGAAUUAAAAUUAAUUCUGAAUCAAAGGAAUUAUAAAAACACAAAACCUGGCUUUUUAAACCGGUUUACUUCCGGUCAUAAAUACGCCUCGGCCUUGGUGUUUGGUAUUACUAAGUUAUCAGGCACAUUUCUGGAGAGAUCUAAAGUUUGGAUUGAAGAAUUACUAAAUCAAAAUCAGUUUAGAAUAAGAAAGAAGUCUUUUCUGUAUGGUCAAUUAGCUACGAUUUAUAAAAAAUUUUAUAAAGAUAAUCAAAAAGCUUGUGAGACAUUAAUAAGAGGUUUGAAAGAUGAUUCUUUGUCGUUUUCGGACGAAUGCGAAUUAAUAUAUCGAGUGACAAGUUUUGUGAAAAAAAGGGAAUGUAAUAAAUUCUUUGAUGACGAUGUUUUGGAGUCAUUAAAGAGAGCUCCAAAUGUAAAUUUAUUUUCUACCAUAACUAUUCAAGGAAAACAAAAGAGUAAUGAACCUUAUUUUGUCCAUCCAACAUCUUCGGAAGACCGAGAAUAUCUUCGCGUCGAAAUUUUCGCGAUCCGUCAUUACGUAACAAACUCCGAAUUUACAAACGGAAUUCACUGCGAAGGCACAAUAAUAAACAUGUUAUUUUUUAUUUUAUUUUGGGACAUCAUUUACAAAGAAGACAAUGCCAUCCCAAUUUUUAUUAAUCCAAAUCAAACCGUGCCAUUAGAUUUAAACCACGACGAGUUUUACACCAGGCGAAAAGAUCUCAUCGACGAGAGGAUAGAAAAAAUCAAAUUCGGUUGGUCACAAGAUGAAUUCAACGAAUACGUUCGAAACGCGUGGGAGGAGGCAGAACCGUGUAAAAGUGUUGUUAAAGUUUUUGAUAUUGAUGUUACGUUUCGGUUUAUUGAGGUGAUUGGUCGAAAUGUUAUUGGGAGAAUUAUGGAGAGGUUUGUUGAGAGUUAUGAUGAGUGCAGGGCGGGGUUGCCGGAUUUAUUUUUAUGGAAUGAUUUAAAAUGCAAAUUUGUCGAAGUUAAAGGGCCUGGGGAUCAAUUAUCAACGAAACAGAAGCUUUGGAUAAGUUUUUUACACGAAAUUGGGGUUGAUGUUGAAGUGUGUCGAGUUAAAAGAUUAGGAGGAAACUAAUUCGUUUUAUUUUAUACU